UCACGAUUUGGUUUAAACAUGGAUCAGCGGCGGGAACAAAAAAAGCCCCCAAGUCAGAAAACAGAAAAGUUCGGGCAAAACGCAGCGAGUCGGCCUGAGUUUUGCGGCAAUAUACUUUGGAUGCAAAGACUGCUAAGGCUCACCGCAACUGCUCACAGCAAGACCCCACCAGACUCAUAGCAAGUUCAGCAAUCUUCCACAGGCUCUCAUCUAUAAAAAGAGUUUUCAUCUCCGUCCCUUACCGGAAAAUUUUCUUUAACUUUAACCUAAAUCUUCACAUCACCGAUCAACCAGUCUCCAGCAAAUCUGCCAUAGUUCAACAAACAUCAUGUCCUCUUCUGUUCCAGACACUUUCAAGGGCUUUGCCAUCUCCAGCUCCAAAACCUGGAAUGAGCCCAAGCUAGUUUCCUACAAGCGCAAGCCAAUUCUUUCCACAGACGUGGUGGUCAAAAACAUCUGCUGUGGUGUAUGCGCGUCAGAUGUUCACACGGUGAGAGAAAGCUGGGCCCCUAUUCAGAGAGACGAUCUUGUUGUGGGCCAUGAGAUCGUGGGUCACGUGGUGGAGGUAGGUGAUGACGUCAAGACGAUCAAAGUAGGCGACAGGAUCGGAAUCGGUGCUUCCACCAGUGCUUGUGGCGAGUGCCGCAGAUGCAAAUCUGACAACGAGAACUACUGUGCCAAGGUGGUUUCCACGUACAACGCCCCCGACAGCUUCUCGGACGGGUACAUCACGCAAGGCGGCUAUGCGUCCCACUCCAUUGCCAGCGAAAAGUUCUGUUUCCCGAUCCCCGAGAAAUUGGACUCCCAUGUUGCGGCUCCUUUGAUGUGUGCCGGCUUGACCGUAUACUCGCCCUUGGUGCGGAUCAUCGGCCACCUCAGCCACCCGGUAGUGGCGGUCGUUGGAAUUGGCGGGUUGGGCCAUUUGGCGUUGCAAUUUGCCAAGGCCUUGGGCGCAGAAGUGUAUGCGUUUUCGAGAGGCUCCUCUAAGAAGGCAGAUGCGCUUUCUCUCGGAGCAGAUGGUUUUAUUGCCACACAAGAAGAGGACGGCUGGGAAGAGAAAUACCAGGAUAAAUUCGACUUGGUGUUGAACUGUGCCUCUGGUGCAGACGACUUUCCGGUCGAGAAGUAUUUGCAGACUCUUGCGGUGGGCGGCACCUUGCAUAGUGCCGGCUUGCCUCCUUCUGACGAGACGUUUUCUGUGCACCCCAUGUCAUUUCUGCUGAACUUCUCGUCAUUGAGCUCGUCUCACUUGGGCUCGAAGAAAGAAGCAUUGGACAUGUUGAAAUUGUCGGCUGACAAGGGAAUCAAGCCUUUGAUCCAGGAGAUUCCCAUUACCGCGAAGGGCGCUGGUGAGGCUUUGACCAAAUGCGACAACAACGAUGUCAGGUACCGUUUUGUGCUCACGGAUUUCGAAAAGGCGUUUGCAUGAGGUGACGAACAAUAUUAAUUAUUUAGGAUGAUUAGAAAAAGGCAUUUUCAGACCAGACAGCGCGAAUAAAUACGUCCAACCUAAAAUUGCAUGAUUGAUGUGCGUCAAGUUGGCAUUAUGCAGCAAAGUGCUGGAUGCAAAUGUCAAAGAGCACAAUUGUAGUGAAUUAAUUGUUCUUAGGCAUAAUUCAGAUGUGUGCCUCUUAAGUAGUUUACGAAAGCAUACUGGAAGCAGGACCAAAUACACCUCACUGGUUAUUAGACAGCAAUUUAAAAUGCUUUGCUUAUC